AUGAAGGCCUAUCUACGGUCCAACAUCAUUCUUCUUCUUCUAGUGUAUUUGAACAUAGUCGCUGCCAGGCGUGGCGGAGGUUCCUGGGGAGGUUCUGGUGGAGGUUCCAGUGGCGGGGGCGGAUCUGGAGGUGGCAGUGGAGGUGGCAGUGGAGGUGGCAGUGGAGGCGGUACAGCCGAAAAUCCUCCCCCAGGCUUUAAUCCAUGGUCUUACCAGAAUAAUGGUAUCUAUGAUGAGAGCGACACCGGCUGGAAAUGCGACCCGAAAACCUGUGGAUGUCAGCAGUUGACUGAACGAGAAAUUGUUUACGGCAUCCCAGGGCUCUACUACAAUGGCACUUUGACGGUACAACACCACAUCACGAAUAGCUCAUCCUGGCUAGAUAAGGGCCCCGGAGCGUGUGGCAUGGCUGAUGAUGAGCCCAACACCUAUAAAUACCCAGCUCUCUUCUUGGUCGCCCCAACAGGAAACAAAACAGAUGCAAACCCAUUCCAUUGGAGGCUAUUCGGGUUCCAACCAGCCGACCAGACUCUGGGAGCCACCGGGUCCUACAUUGACAUUUACCAACGAUGGGUGCACCUCAGAUCGAGCGAUUUUGUCGUGUCUGGAACGCCAUACGGUGGCACCUAUUUUUAUGAUACCUCCAUAGGACGCUAUACGCUUUCGGAUGCCACAGAUCGUCAUAGAAACACCACCGCCUACUGGUCGACCAAAAUCACCAAUUCCGACAUUGAGAAUCUCUCUGCCCGUGCCGUUUACAAGACAAAACCACCGCUGCUUGACUUGGAUCCGGACACUAGUAAGGUGGAGCCCGCCUCGAGCCAGUACAUAACCUUUAGUGAUGUAUGUGCUUGGAACUCAGAACUUCCAUCCGAGGAGUAUAAAACACUUCAACACAGUAACUUUUCCAACAAUGACCAUAUCAACACGACGACGCCUACGGUUUGGCUGGAGCCUGGUGCCGUGGCUGAAAUGAAGGGCAUCGGCGCCUCAAAGAUGACUUUCACUCUUAAAUCAAGUCUCGAUGGUGUAAGGCCCUGGAUGAAUCUACGGCAGGCAAAUUGCGGGGAUGGCGUCAAAGAAGGCACUCAAGAUUAUUCGGUUGACGAUCCAUUUGAACUCGGAUACUUCCAAUACCUGACGAACGACGAUGAAUUGAGUUUUUGGAGACUCGACCUGUCCUUCAGUCUUUCCUUUGAAGGAAGCCUUGUGCGCGAGAAUAGUACGCGCAUAAAUGGAACAGACAAAGACGGUCUGGUGUUCGAUGCCACAUAUGAGACUCCUCCGCCAGAUAAUACAUUGCCUUCGGAACAUGAUGGCUCGUCUAGUGGCUCGGAUAGUGAGUCGGGUACAGCAAGUCUGUUGCUACAGAGCUCGAGUACUUUUGUCACGAUCUUCAGCAGCUCUACGGUGUUAUUGUUCUUGUUGGUUGGUUUGCUGUGA